AUGGCAGUGGACAUGGUGAAAGCGGCGUAUCGAAGGGAAGAGUAUGACUUGCAUUACACAGGGGCUGAAGAACAGGUGCGCACUACCAAGACCAUCCUGUGCAAUGGCAAAAGACUGGGCGUGACUUCGAACCUCUAUGACGCUCUACUAUCUUUUCGACAGACUCGGCCUGGGAAUGGGGAGUAUUGGAUUGAUGCGGUAUGCAUGAACCAAAGCGAUUUGACAGAAAGAAAUGCCCAGGUCCGAAUGAUGGGCAGGAUAUACCAAUCGGCGGAUCUUGUCCUUGUUUGGCUCGGUAACUGCUCAUCAAGUCUAGCCCGGGGCCUUCCUGAGCUAGAAGCAUUGGCACGGAAGCCUCCAAGCGAACUACCGCCGUUCGAUUUAUUUCCUGAAGAUAAAACGUCUACUGCUGCCGCAUCCUCGGGUCUCUUUAGUCUCUUCAAGGACGACUGGUCUUUCAUAUCAGCGCCAGCGAUGGCUGCAUUCGAUCUAAGCAAUCGGCAUUGGUUCAAGCGCAUCUGGGUACUGCAAGAAUUCUUCUUAGCGAAAGAACUUGUCUUCCUCUACGGCAAGCAUCAAGUUAGCCUCCAGGCCCUGCUGACCGCGUUUAUAUGGGCUUAUCAAAACCCUGGAAAGGCAGUCAAGCCGGCGAAGGAGUCCUGGGACAUUGCUAGGGCAUACAUCAUGCCGCGAUGGUUUUCCCACACCUGUGACUUCCCCAGCGUGCUGCUGGCUCGCGAAACCAUUACCCAGGGCCGCAAGCUAACCCUCCGCGAAUGGCUUCUGACCUGCAGGGGCCACAAUGCUACCGACUCUAGAGAUUUUGUAUUUGGCGGCCUGUCUUUGAUUCAUCCCGCGUCAUUAAGAAUAGAUAAGCUGCGUCUUCAGCCAGGAGAGUACGCUAAUUCUGACCUUCGCCCUCCUCCAUUGCCACCCCGGCCUGGCACCUGUGCUCACACUAGCAAUCAAGACAUCGUAGAACGCCCAGCACCAUUGGGAGGGGCAUCAGUAUCAUCGGUGCCCCUUCCAAACGGACUAUGGCGCAUCAUCGCGGUUGAUUAUAAGGCCAGCGAAGCUGAGGUCCUAGUCAACCUCGCGGCCUGUCUUCUUUCCCAGAACGAACCACACAGUCUCGACCUGCUGUCCAUUGCGGCUCGUCCGCGGGAGCCUAAGGAUCAUCUCAAUGCGCUGCUCAAAGUCAGGCCUAGUAGAACUCCUGAUCUCUCCUCUUGGGCUCCGGCCUUGGGUUCUUGGACAUCUCGUGUAAGCAGCAACCUAGCCACCGCCCCAGCAGCAGCAGGCGGCGGCGGCACGGUCUUUGCAGCCGGCACAUUAGGGCAACCACAGGCAGUAGUCCCUUCGCCUACGAUCUCUCGCGAUGGAACGACAUUAUAUCUAGAUGCCAUGCCCCUCGACAGUAUUGAGGCGAUACUGCUAGAUGCGGAAUUCUCAUAUUCGGAGGAGUACAUCAACGUCCUGAUUCCCUUUCUCGAAAAGUUGGCCGCGUUGCCCUGCACCUACCCCUCAGAUGUCGGGACGAGCUUCAACGCGGUCGCCACCGCUCUUGCUUCCUCUUCCAGUGACACUGAAGUGGGCUCUAUGGCCGAUAAGAACGUGGAUCGAUCACCGCUUGGCGACAAGGUGGGCAAGCAGGGAAACAAGCCACCAGGGACAUGUGCUAUAGAAUGGACAAAUGCUCGCGUCUUCUUGUUGGAAAGGUCAAUAACAGCCGGGAUAUCAUUUUUAUAA